AUGGCAUCCGAACUGUGUCCGUCGUGCACGCUUGUGCAAGGAGGAACGAAGGAAGAAGGACGUGACAGCUUGCAUCAAUGCGUGUAUCGAACAAAGCUUGCCGUGCUGGCCCAACGCUUUCGACUGCUUCAAAAGACCCUCGAACAGCAGCAACUUGUGAUUGAGAAGCAACAACGCAAGUUGGAACAGCGCAGGUCAAGAGCAAAGCAGGAAGCCCGGCAUGACACAGUGCCGUCAACUCAAAAGAAUAAUCACUACACACAAGAGGGCGACCGCAAUGACUCCAAGGAAUCCAUCCGCGCUCGAGGCGACACUGUUACGAGUGGCAUGCCUGCAUCAUCUGUGAUGGACAUGAUGAACCAUCCUCUCAAGCGAGCGAAGCACGAUCCUCAAAACGUUUCCCCCGCUGUUGAGCAGGCCAUCUCGUUAGACUCAUCUCGCCCAGGCGGCAAGAUAUCCUAUACCCUCUCGCACGUCCCAUCCACUCGAGCAGCGAAAGCAACAACUUCUACUACCUCUGCGACGAGUCAACGUCGCUCCGAUCGGGACAUCGCUCGACCUAACAGUCGGCCUGAUUUCAAGUAUAUCGAAGUCGUCCGGAACCGCGAUGCCCGCAUGGCGCUACCUGGCCAUGCUUGUGAAGAGUGUGCCCAAUAUUACGCUGCGCUGGGUGACGAGUUUGAAGGCCACCAGUUCGCUUGUUCACGCCACCGGGCCAAGUGGGAACCGUACGCGACACCGGAGGACUUUUGGCGCCUCAGUUUUCCCGACUCGCCGUCGUAA